GAAAAACUUUCUGUGAGGUGAGCAGCCAUGGGAUCAGAGUAUGCACAUUCUCCAAGGUGGCCGUUCUGACGGAAACCAACGAGUGAUCGCCACUGGCUCGCUUGGUCUGUUUGCUCUUGGUCACCCUUGUGUCCGCCAGCGCGGAGAGGAGUUUCGACUAUGACGUCGACGACCUGGAUCAGGUGGAGUCGUUCAUCUGGGACUCCAGCGACGCUCCGCACAUGGGUCCCACAAGGCCUGGCCCACCCAACCCGCCGCCAGCCGAAAACCUCAUCGGCAAUGACCCCAACUUACACCACCAGAUUUCCGAAAUCGUCCGCCAGAUCAUAGCCGAGUAUUCCCACCGGAACCAGCUCCCGGCUGGUAUAUGGGUUGGCGGAAAACACAUGGGUCCCGGUCUUCAGCAGAUGGCCUUCCCUCCCCAGAACCCUUGCUUCCCUCCGAUCGGGCUGCAGAUACCCAUAAUUCCCUGGAAGGUGGACAACAUCUCACCACGCGAUACUGCGAACAACAACAAUAAUAACAACAACAAUAAUAACCGUAACUCGAACAACAACAACAACAACAACAACGUCGCCAACAGUGCCACCAGUAACAACAACAAUAACGACAAGCCACAACCAGGCUCGCUGCCACCGCUGCCUCCAUACCAGAAGCCAGCUUGGAGGCCAGCCGUCCCCGUGUUCCCGAUUCCGCAUCAGCCCCAGCAGCCACACAGCCACCAAACUCACCUGAAGAACCCACAGUCCCAGCCUGCCGUGAAGACCUCGUUCAGCAUAUCCACAUCGCACCCGGUGCCACUUCCCAAGCGAGAUCUCCAUACCCCUCUGCUUCCAUGGAGGUCUGCAGCUCCAGCUCCAGCUGCAGCGCCAGCGGACCAGCAGUCCACCGGAGCGCAGACCAUGCCACCCCCAAUCCGGCCUCCGAAACUUGCCGCUCACCUCCGCUUCGCUCAUCCGCCGAGACCCAGCAUACGUGGACACGCCAGCCGCAGGGGACAACACCUGCUGUCGCAGAAGACCGGAGUCUCGUCGCUGCCCAAGAACCUGCCCGCCGAUGACGUCUACUACGCCAGCCAGAGCAGCAAGCUUCCCAGAAAGGUGGUCAAGCAGGGCGUGUUCCAACCCAAGCGCCAGCCGCAGGUCUCGCAGAGUAUCACGGUGGUCGAGCAGGGCAAGAACGGCGAGUGGUUCAAGGUCCCGGUCGAGAAGGUCGCUACAGGUCUCGGACGCCGCAACUACGAGGUGGUAGAGCUGCACAAGGCCGAUGACGUCAGGAAGGUUGGCCCCGCCUUGGGCAACGGCGAAGAGAGCAUCCACUACAUCCACAUCCAGGAGAGCUAACUGUACUGGUGGUGUGUUUUAGGGCGCCGUUGAUCGGCGACCGGGCGUUGCAUCUUCGCACACUGUUUCAACCCGCCGGAUCACGCUUCCUAUGGACUUGAAAUAUGCUGGACAUUCACUGUACUGUGCCUGACAUGUCAUUUCUUCGCUGUACAUACCAAGCUCACAUUUUUAGCCUCCGUUAAUAAACCAACUUCGAUU